AUGGCUGAAAACCAAAACGACUGGGAUUUAUGGGCAAUUGUGAGAAGUUGCUGCAACAUGAACAACUCUGUUCAUGAUGAUGUGAUCAGUUUCGACAACGUUAAUAGUACCUCUGUUCUUGUCGAUCAUGGUGUUCAUGAGGAUCCUACUCAUGGUAACUCCGCUAAUAAUGCGAGAACAUCAACUUCUUUUCAAGAACAAAGUGGUUGCGCUGGUGAUUUCAGUGACUCGUUCGCCACAGAAAACAAGCACUAUUUUGGGUUAGAUGAAGUUCUCGGACUUUCCAAGAACGUUAAUACCAACUCAAGAAUUGAACCCCACAACCCAGAGAACCAAACUGAAUCUAUUACAGACACCCCACUUGUAGAACACGAGAAGAAGAAGAACAAGAACAAGAAGACAAGAUAUUCAUUGUCGAGUUCAAGUAUUGAGGCAGGCAAGGCGUUUCCUUACUGCAGGAAGAGCACUGAAAGAUAUGAAGUAUUGGCUGAGAAAUUGAGUGAGGCGGAUCAAUGGAGAUGGAGAAAGUAUGGGAUGAAGCGAACUGGCGGUUCACCUUUUCUCAAGAGCUAUUAUAGGUGUAAUCAGGGUGAAGAUUGUCCGGCAAGGAGACAUGUGCAGCAAAGCUCAACAGAUUCAAACAAGGUGAUUGUAACUUAUAGAGGCCAACACAGUCACCCUCCUCCUAACCAACACAUUGCAACAGUACAGGGGAACCAUAAUGCUGCUGCACCAGUAGAAGACCCGCCAUUUCCCUCUUCUCCCUCUACUUUGCUGUUCAACUAA